UUUUUCAAAUCAAGCCCCACUAUCAAAGUCCAUCGCAUAGUUCAUAGCCGCCCUCCUGUGGGCUGUGGGCCUGUGGCUUCCUCUCUCUUCGUGUUCAUCAUGCUCCGCGCGCUUUCCUCCAAUAGCUCAUCAUUACCGGUUCGUAUAAUCUUAUCUGUAGGCUUCUUACAAUCCACGCUCCCUUUGACUUUGAAUCCGAUCAACCUUAUGCCAACCAGUGCCCUACUCGUGCCUCAGUUUUACUGAGCCCGGCGAGCGAUUUCUCCCCAGGUUCGGCCGAGUCCAUGCUUCAUAUGGUAAGAAUGAGCCUAAUCCUCAUGGAGGUGGCUUCUCCCAUGCUUCGCCAACCGUCACUCUAUUGCAGGAAUCGUAGUCGAAACAACCACCGGAGUCACUGCUUCCUGAAGAGAUCAUUCUCAAUUUCCGCUUCAGCUAUUGAUUCCUGCUCUGUCCUGAAGAAGACAAAAGGAGAAGAAGUGCGUGUUCGUUUUGCGCCAUCUCCGACCGGAAACCUCCAUGUUGGAGGAGCAAGAACAGCCCUUUUCAAUUACCUAUUUGCCAGGUCCAAGGGUGGAAAGUUUAUACUCCGAAUCGAAGAUACUGACUUGGAAAGAUCAACUAAGGAAUCUGAGGAAGCCGUGCUUUCUGAUCUUUCUUGGCUUGGUCUUAACUGGGACGAAGGUCCUGGCAUUGGUGGAAACUAUGGACCAUACAGGCAGUCUGAGAGGAAUGCACUUUACAAGGAGUAUGCUGAAAAGCUUUUACAAUCUGGCCAUGUUUAUCGUUGUUUCUGCUCUAAUGAGGAACUGGACAAAAUGAAAGGGAUUGCAAAAUUGAAGCAGCUACCUCCGGUAUAUACAGGAAAGUGGGCAAGAGCCACAGAGGAGCAAGUGCAAGAGGAGAUGGAAAAGGGGACCCCUUAUACAUAUAGGUUUCGAGUACCUAGUGAAGGGAGGCUGAAAAUUGAUGACCUCAUCCGCGGUGAGGGGAUGGAAGAGGGGUGUAAUGCAAGAAAAUAAAAGAGGCCCAUGGCCGGACAUUAUAAUUUUGUUUGUGGCAUCAUGAAGGUUAGUUGGAAUCUGGACACUCUUGGGGAUUUUGUUAUCAUGAGAAGUAAUGGACAACCCGUUUACAAUUUCUGUGUCACUGUUGAUGAUGCUACCAUGGCUAUUUCACACGUCAUAAGAGCAGAAGAACAUUUACCCAACACCCUGAGACAAGCUUUAAUAUAUAAGUCCCUUGGAUUUCCAAUGCCUUCCUUUGCCCACGUUUCUUUGAUUCUUGCCCCUGAUAGAAGCAAACUCUCAAAGCGACAUGGUGCAACUUCAGUGGGCCAGUUCAAGGAGAUGGGUUAUUUGCCUCAGGCUAUGGUGAAUUACCUUGCAUUGUUGGGAUGGGGUGAUGGCACUGAAAAUGAAUUUUUUACCCUUGAGAAACUGGUUGAAAAAUUCACAAUUGACCGUGUAAAUAAAGGUGGUGCAAUUUUUGACUCCACAAAGUUAAGGUGGAUGAAUGGUCAACAUUUGAGAUCUCUACCAUCAGAAGAGUUAAUAAACAUCAUUGGUAGCCGCUGGAAGGAUACUGGCAUUCUUACAGAAUCAGGGGGGACUUUUGUACAAGAGGCUCUCCUGCUUUUGAAGGAUGGAAUCGACUUGAUAAAUGAUUCAGAAAAAGUUCUUUCAAACUUGCUAUGUUAUCCUUUUUAUGAAACCUUGACAAGUGCUGAAGGAAAAUCAUUAUUGGAUGAUGGGCUUCGUGAAGUUGCUGAUAGCUUGCUAGCUGCCUAUUCUAGUGGUGAGCUCUUCGCUGCACUUGAAGAAGGCCUACCCGGUUGGCAAAAGUGGGUAAAGAGCUUUGGUAAAGCACUGAAGCGGAAGGGAAAAUCUCUGUUCAUGCCUCUUAGGGUACUACUAACAGGAAAGCUUCAUGGGCCUGAUAUGGGAUCUAGUAUUGUUUUGCUCUACAAAGCUGGUAAUUCAGGUGCCGUUGCAUCUCAAGUUGGGUUUGUAUCAUUGGAUGAAAGACUUAAAAUGAUCAGAGAAGUUGAUUGGGAAUCCUUCAGCAAGGAUCCCCCUGUCCAUGAAUCUGCCAGAGUUGCCAUUCAUUGACGUAGGCAGUGCCUGGGCUUAAAACCUUCAAGGCAUACCCUAAUGAACUAAAGCCACAAGCCCCCAAAUCAACAGUCAUUUUAAUUUUUCUAGUUGUCGAUGCUUUCUGUCUAAAUUAGAAUAGUACCUUACAAUCUUUAAGAAAAGCAUUCCAGUCCAUGUAAGCAAAAUUUUGGUUUAGGUGUGCCUUAUUUAAUAAUCAGUCCAUUGUGGGGAUGUAUUCAGUUUUAGAUGGGUAGGAAUAGAACCAGGCACCUAUUUUUUUGGUUCCGGACAGGAGUUGGUAUCUGGAACUGGUCCAAGGCUCCAAGCUUGUUCCGGUUCCUCAAAAGGAUCUUACCGGUUGUAGACUUGUAGUUCCAUUUUUUUUGGAAAAUACUAAAAACCAGACUGGAGCAGGUCUUUAACUGAUUAAGGAUCCGAUUCUCCGCUUUACCUGGAACUGGUCUGCUUCCAUGCUAGUCCACAGCUUGGUCCUCUUCCCUAUAAACAUAGGGGUGGAUUCGGUCGGGCCAUCCGGCCCGGCCCGCUACUGUGCGGAACCAGGACCGACCCGGUUCUCGGGUCCGGGUUGGGCCUAGGCCCGGGAAGGGGUGUGGGUCCGGGCUCGGGUCUUACAUUUGGCGAACUGUUCCGGCCGGGUCGGGGCCGGGUCCGGGCCAAAUUGAUUUUUUUUUCAUUUUUUGGGCUUCCACCUGGGUUGGG